CUAAUUUCGCUGUUUCCAAUUAGACAUCAAUUGACGACGCUACCGUUUCCAUCUCGCGCCAAACGUACCGAAUUUUGUUAUCGUAAUCUGUAAUACUUGUUUGAGUGCAAAAAUGUGUAUACACCAGGCAUCAUCGUCAAAAAUAAGGCCACCAAAAGAAAGAAUUUAUAUUGAAAGCGACCCAUCAGAAGAUGAAGAAGAAGAAACGAACUUAUUUACUGCACUUAUGUCUUUCGAUAGAGUUUUCGAACGCAAUCGCGUUAAUGCAGUGAACGUUAUACCAACGGAAGUCAGUCGACUACGUGAACAAGUAUUCAUCGAUGAGGUUUUAGGGUAUUAUCACCCAGGAAAUUUUAACGAGGAAAGGAGAAAAUGUAACAAUUUUGAAAAUAAAACAAUAACUUCACCGAUUCCCGGCUAUAAGCAUGAAAAUGUAAAAAGUUUUUUUUCAUCGGUAAAGAGAAAUCAAGUAACGGAUACUUUAAUUAUCCAAGCAAAUACGAAAAGUCAUCGUAAAUAAGCUACUUCAUGGGCUUUGUAUAUGUUUACACACAUUACUCAUAACAAGUAGAUAUUCAAAUUUUCAAUUUAUAAACAUGCGGAUAUUUACCUUGCCGUACUCAAAGUAGGUAGUUUUUAAGAGAGGUUGAACUAUUUAUUAUUGUAAGAAAAAUGUGGAAACGGUUAAAGUCGUCUAUUGCCGGAAUAAUUGUCAUAAAAUGUAAUAUCAUUUUCUCAUAAAAUUCUAAACGUAACAGUACGUUAACAAAAUAAACCCUUGAAAUACAUGAAACAUGAGGUGCAAAUACAAUUACAAAUUUGAAGAACAAAAUAAGCGUUUUUAUGCUAUUCAACAAAAAUUAUAAAUCAACUAUUAAAAGGCUGAGUUUCGAACAAAAAAUCAACAACUACAAUUAUAAACUGUAGUCGUUUUUAAUAAAAACCAAAAAUAAUUAAGAUUCAAGGUUCACAGCACGAUGUAUGUAUAAAAUAACAUUUGUUACAGCAGCAAUUUUAUAUGGAUUAAUCAUUUCUUUUAAUAAAUUGUAUGAUCGUCACCAAUUUCAUGAAAAGAGCAGAGAAAUUGUUAAAUUUAAGAAAAUUGAUGUGUUUUGCUAAACAUUCCUUUGAGCACAAAAAUAAAAAUUAUACAUGAAAAAUACAGCAAA